AUGCCUCCGCCUCCACCACCUCGAAAACCGGACCACAAAGCAUCAGGUGCCGCAUCAAAAGAGGAGAAUAUCUACAUUCCCUCCUUCAUCAGUAAACGACCCUUUUAUGCCGGCGAGGAAGGCGACCAAACCGACUAUCUCGAACAUCAACGUCUCCAAAAGAAGAAUGACCAAUCACAAUGGUAUGAUCGAGGAAGAAAAGCCGGCCCGGCGGCGACGAAGUACCGCAAAGGCGCUUGCGAGAAUUGUGGUGCCAUGACACACAAGGCGAAAGACUGCCUAAGCAGGCCUAGGGCUAAGGGAGCAAAGUGGACUGGCAAGGACAUUCAAGCAGACGAAGUAGUACAAGAUGUCAAUCUCGGCUGGGAUGCCAAGCGAGACCGUUGGAACGGGUACGAUCCCAAGGAGUACCGUAACGUCGUGGAGGAUUUCAAUCAGAUGGAAGCGCUGAGGAAAAAGGCUCUUUCAAAGGGUGAGACCGAAGAGGAGCAAGAUGAGGGUGACAAAUACGCUGAAGAGAACGACAUGAGCAAACAUCAGAGCACUGCGACGCGUCAGCUCAGAAUCCGAGAGGAUACUGCUAAGUAUCUCUUGAACCUGGACCUCGAUUCGGCCAAGUACGAUCCCAAGACGCGAGCCUUGGUAGAUGGUGGCGCAACUGUGGAUAAAGCAGCGAAUCUUUACGCAGAGGAAGGGUUUAUGCGAGGCUCGGGUGACGCAAGCGAAUUUGAAAAAGCCCAGAGAUAUGCUUGGGAGGCGCAAGAGAAGAGCGGAGACACUACGCAGCAUCUUCAAGCAAACCCUACUGCUGGAGAGUUCUACCGAAAGAAGGAAAAGGAGGAGGCGGAGAAGAAACGCGCAGAGCGAGAGAGGAAGCUCAAGGAACUAUAUGGCGAUACCUCACAGUAUACGAUGCCUGAGGAGAUGAAGAGCAUGAUCACCGAGUCAGAACAAUACGUCGAAUACGACGAGAGCGGUCUCAUCAAGGGAGCGCCAAAAGUUGUGGCCAAAUCCAAGUACCCCGAGGAUGUUUAUAUUCACAAUCAUACCUCUGUUUGGGGCAGUUGGUGGUCCAACUUCCAAUGGGGUUACGCCUGUUGUCAUUCGGUUGUCAAGAACAGCUACUGCACAGGCGAGGAGGGCAAGUUGGCUUGGGAAUCAUCCGAGCGACAGCGGACGGGUGCUGCUCUGGUGGAACAAGAACACAAUACCGAAACUGACCGGGCUGAAGAAGAGCAGCAGCAGGACCCACCUGAGAAAACCAAGAAGCGGACCGUUGAAGAAAUGAUGGGCGGCGUAUCGGAAGCGGAGAUGGAAGAGUAUCGGAGGAAGCGGACGGCAGCAGACGAUCCAAUGGCGAAGUUCCUGGGGAAGGAUGAAUUGGUCUAG